AUGACUACGGCUCCAGAGUCCCGCGAUGCCUGGUACUACCCCCCUGAUGUUGCUCACGACCUCGAUGGUGACACCCAUCUUGCUGAAGCGCAGAAGAAGGAGAUCAUUGCCUGCGCGUAUGAAUAUACACGCUGCGUGAUACCCCAUUACACGAACUGGAAGCGAUAUGUCGGCUUCGUCCGCUGUAUGAUUAUAGGUAUCAUUGCCGAGUGUAGGGGCGACCUAAUAGACGAAAAUGGAGGGGAUAACAUAUUCGGUUACUCGCUUGAUGGUGUGCUGGCGGAGCUCUUUGAGGGCACCCCAGGCCAUGCCCUUAUGGCUCGAGAGUACAAGUCAUUUCUGAUUCCCGCGGCGGAUAAGUCUAGCCAGCGACGAAACGGCGAGUUAUUCCGGCGCUAUGUCAAUGCGCUCGCCUCUUCACCUCGCACUUGGUUUCGUAUGCGCGAUUGUGAUGCCCUUUCGCGCUUCACUAUUUUCUCGGCCCUAGCCUGUAACGAUAUAGAUACCGUGCCGACGGACGACGAGUGCGAGCUGCUGAGCGAGGUUGGCAUUUAUUUGUACGACGCCGUAGCCUUCUACAAGCACCGAAGCGAGGGCGAGACAAACAAUACCUUUGCCUAUGUGCCGUGGGAUAUGCGCAUCGAGAGCUUCCGCGUUGCCCGCGAGAUACUGUGGGCGUUGGACGCAUACUAUGUCCGUCGCCCCGAAGGACCUAUCUUGAUAAACUUCGUGCGCAUCGUCGGUGGGCCUGUGCAUAUGAUGAUGCGUCGCUACCGUUUCGUCGAGGAGGAGUGUACCAUCGGUAGGGUUGAGACGGAUGAUAUUAUCGAGCUGGCCCGCCGCAAGGUCAAGCUUUGGAAUCGUGUCGACGUGGCAACACCGCUGCUUGAAAAUGAGAAGAGUGUUCUUAGUGAGACGCCCGGGGUUGAGCGCUAUAGGAAUUUGCUGGCGCGCGGCGAGGAGUGGAUGUUCCCUGGACUUCCAGAAUACCUUGAGCGCGGCGGACAAUGUGAACGUUGUGUUCAUCGCUCCUCUUAUGGGUCCGAGAUCAGACAUACUUUCGGUGGGGUACGCUUAUGCCAAGAGUGCAGUGAGACGUUCCGCGCGUAUGUUGGCAAGCUGCCUGAAAGAGUUCGAGCUGUCUACCCUGAAAUCAUCCUCAAAACACCAUCGCAGCAGAUCAUCAACAAGAGGGAUACCAAUACAAGCCCACAUGGUAUAUAA